UGAGCGCUGUUUCCCCAGAAGGUUCCUAAGACGACCUGCCUUUAAGGAGCGUUUCCCUGGGCGCUCCUGCCUCCCGGCGCCGUUAGCCGGGAGCGUGCAGUGGGCAGGGGAGGGAGAAGCCGAUACGAUCGCAGAUCCCCGGGAGACCUGGCCGUCUCUUUCAGUAUCAGAGAGCGGAGAAGUCGUCGCAGGAGCGCACAUCUCGGGGUCUCCCUGGCUCUGGUGCGCCUUCCUACUUGCCUGAGCGGAGUGCGAGCCAGCAGGCAUGGGGUGUUUGGGCAACAGCAGCAAGACCGCGGAAGAUCAGGGCGUGGAUGAAAAAGAACGCCGAGAGGCCAACAAAAAGAUAGAGAAGCAGUUGCAGAAAGAGCGCCUGGCUUACAAAGCGACUCACCGCCUGCUGCUUCUGGGGGCUGGUGAGUCCGGGAAAAGCACCAUCGUCAAACAGAUGAGAAUCCUGCAUGUCAAUGGCUUCAACCCCGAGGAAAAGAAGCAGAAAAUUCUGGACAUCAGGAAAAAUGUCAAAGAUGCUAUCGUGACAAUCGUUUCAGCCAUGAGUACCAUCAUACCUCCAGUUCCACUGGCCAACCCUGAGAACCAGUUCCGGUCAGAUUAUAUCAAGAGCAUAGCCCCUAUCACUGACUUUGAAUAUUCCCAGGAGUUCUUUGACCAUGUGAAGAAGCUGUGGGAUGAUGAGGGAGUGAAGGCCUGCUUUGAGAGAUCCAACGAGUACCAGCUGAUCGACUGUGCACAAUACUUCCUGGAAAGGAUUGACAGCGUCAGUCUGGUUGACUACACGCCCACAGACCAGGACCUGCUCAGAUGCAGAGUGCUGACAUCAGGAAUCUUUGAGACACGCUUCCAAGUGGACAAAGUGAACUUUCACAUGUUUGAUGUUGGAGGCCAGCGAGAUGAGAGAAGAAAAUGGAUCCAGUGUUUUAAUGAUGUCACUGCCAUCAUUUAUGUGGCAGCCUGCAGUAGCUACAACAUGGUGAUCCGGGAAGAUAACAACACCAACAGACUUCGGGAAUCACUGGACCUGUUUGAAAGCAUCUGGAAUAACAGGUGGUUACGAACCAUUUCUAUCAUCCUGUUCUUGAACAAACAAGAUAUGCUGGCAGAAAAAGUCUUGGCAGGGAAGUCAAAAAUCGAAGACUAUUUCCCGGAGUAUGCCAACUAUACUGUCCCUGAAGAUGCCACACCAGAUGCAGGAGAAGAUCCCAAAGUUACAAGAGCCAAGUUCUUUAUCCGGGAUCUGUUCUUGAGGAUCAGCACAGCCACAGGUGACGGCAAACAUUACUGCUACCCUCACUUCACCUGCGCCGUGGACACAGAGAACAUCCGCAGAGUGUUCAACGAUUGUCGUGACAUCAUCCAGAGGAUGCACCUCAAGCAGUACGAACUCUUGUGAGGGCUGCCUACCCCUCCCCCUCCUCCUCACUGCCACCUCUCCUCCCUCUUGACUACCCCUUGAGGCGGUGUAUCUCCCUAGCCUGCGUGUCUGUCCACCCCAAGCCAUGGUAGGGCAUAGUGAGUGUCUAGUGUCAUCGGGCUGCCGUCUGUCCUGUCCUAGGUAUGCCUACAUGUGACCACCAAGCCUCUGGCUACCUCUGUUCCCCAAGGUUUGGUUCUGUGACUUUGUUUUCACUGGACUAAACAGCCUCCCACCGCCAAUUUGUAUCACUGCAAAGUCACCAACUCUCACUUGGGUGAUACGGCAGUGGGUUUUCUCUGGGUGGGAAUCUAUUUAUUCUUUGACUGAAUGGUUGAUGGGUUGAAUCAUCAGAGACAGCUUGGUGAGUGGGGAAAUACAUUGUUUUCAAGUUAUCAAGCAUGAUCACAAAACCAUCUGGACAGUACCAUACACUUGAUUUUUUUUCCCCUUUAUAAAAUGUCAGGCUACCAGGUGUCUGCCCCUUCUGGUCUGCAUUGGCCCAAGGCUUAAAGUAGACCCAAGUCAGCAACAGAACAAGAGGAACUUUUUCAGCCACAGUUGCAAUGGCUGUAAGCUUUGGGCACUUGUGUUAGAGCACUUCUUGGAGCCUUUUACACUUGGGCAGAAAACCUGCCACAUUCACCACUGCAAAUGGUGUCCUGUCUAUAAACAAGGGGUUCUCUACACCUUCAUGAUAGCUGGGCAUCGUCCUUCCUAUCUUCUUUCUGUUGUUGCUUCACUAGACUGUACAGACCACAAGAUGUAAUACUCUUUUCUAUGACUACUCAAGAAACCUCCUUGUAGAGUUCUGUGCCUUGGUGGCAGCCACACCUGUAAGGACACAUGUCCCAACUGUGCCCAGCAGCUUGCACACAGCCUGCUGCUUCACAGUGGCAAAUCAGUAGUAUCUGUUCACCUUAGGAUACCUUUAUUGGGUUGGUACUUCUGGAAGACUCGUUGAUUUUAGAAUCACCCACUUCACCAGUAGUAAGAUGCUGCUGCUAUCAUCCCAACACUGAAACUAUCGCAGCUGCCCGCUUUUACUGCCCCGAACCUCAGCUGCUACAAACACUGGGACGACCCACUUCUGAGGCAUACAUUACAAUCAAUUCUUUCUUCAGGGUACUAAGGGGUCCCCCCCCCCAGCCCUGCCAAGAUGAAAUGUUUCUCAUGACCCCUUCAAGUUCUGUAGGCAGGAGCAGGCCAACCAUCCCUUAGUUAAGUUCUCUACACAGUCCACCAAACAAGAAACCAGUGGUCAGAGGAAAGCAUAGUGGUGUCAGUGUUGUAUAUGACUGAUGACAAUAAGGAUGGCGUCUUCUGAAGAUGAAAUACUGCGAAGCUACUCAUCUCCUGUCUGUCUCUCUAUCUGCGUUGCUAGGGAUGAGCCCAGCACCUAGUGCAUGCUAGGCAAGCAAGCGCUCUACUGCUAGUCCAUAUCCCCAGCCAUCGCUCCAGCCCCCACAAAAGCCUUUAUUUUAAAUAUAAAGACAAAAUAAAUGGCUGUCCCUCACAUGUGUGAGAUCUGCAAAUGCAACCUCGAGUGACGGUAGGACACCUAGAAAACAACACGCUCACUCUGUCUAAGCCUGAGGCUUGGGAGGUGGGGGGUCAUUCUCUUAGGCUUAAAGUUAUCUGUAAAGAUGUCCAAAGUUAAGUUCCUAACAGUACAAAUAGGAAGAAGUAACAGCCUGCAUUGCUCAUUCAUCUCCUUACUGUCGCUUCAAGUUUAUUCUGUAAACCAGCAUUGUAGAAAUGCUCUAAAAACUCGCUCUGGCUAAGAUGCUCUUCCAUGGAAGGGCACAGCACAUUCCUCAGCUCCUCAUCGCUGUCUUCUCGUGCCACUCUGUAGCUUUGCACAAAACUUCCAUCUGAAGCCAGGCAAUGAGGGUGCACACCUUUAGUCUCAGCACUUGGGAAACAGAGGCAGGCAGAUCUCUGAGUUCGAGGCCAGCCUGGUCUACAGAGUGAGUUCCAAAACAACCGGGGCUGCACAGAGAAACCCUGUCUCAAACAAAACAAGUUUCCAUCUGAACUGAAACAUGAAGUGACAGUGACUUCCAGUUCCCCUGCACUCUCAAAGCAAAGCAAGAAGAAAAACGUGCAUACAUACACACACACACACACACACACACACACACACACACACACAAGUGAGGUUUUAUCCUAUAGUGUACAUUACUACCCAACAGUUCCCUGCUCACUAAAUGACUAUUGAAAAGUUCUGAUGGGGCUGAAUGUAUACCCCCGAUGAAGCAUGUGCUUAGCUCAAUCAAAAGAAAAGAAAUAUAAAUAAAAUUAAAUCACUAGAAAAGAUCCAGACUUCUUAA